GGCGCGGCGCAUACGUUCGGAAAUUUCUAUUCAGUAUCACGCCAGCGCCACGUGCAUCGGACGUAUUCUCUGUAUUUGUUACGCCAUAGAAAUGCAACACGAAAAUGUGUGAGGCAGAAAUAUUAAUAUUUGCUGUUGAAAAAUACCCCUGCCUGUGGAAUAUUCAUGACAACGACUAUCACAACAGAGAUGUCAAAGAUUUGGCCUGGGAGAACGUAUUUAAAGAGGUUAUAAAGGAUUGGAGCACGUGCACUAAAGUGGACAAAGAAAACAAAGGUGCUCAGGCAAAGAAAAAAUGGACACACAUUAGAGACUACUUUCGAAGACAUUUAAAAAAAAAUAAAAGUGCUCUUUCAGGCAGUGCCGCUAAAAAGGUUAGAAAAUAUGUUUAUGCAGACCUGUUGUAUUUUCUUAUACCGGUAUUUGAUAAAAGAAAUACCGAAGGAAACUAUAAAACUGAUGAUCUACGCGAUAAUACUUCUAAAGAAUCCGAAACGCAAGAAGAACAAAGUGUGGAACAAGUAGAUGACCAAGAUGUCCCAUCCCAAAUACUCAAUAUCCUACAUCAAAAUCAACAGAAAGCUAAUCAGAAACGACAAGAAGUAGAAGACGAUGACACGAAUUUUUUAUUAAGCUUUAGAACACAUAUGAAACAUAUGAAUGAAAAUCAGAAAAUUGAUUUUAAAUUGGGAAUGCUGCAGUUGGUAAAAAAAAUUAAUACUAAAAAGAAAUAAAUAUAAUUAGUGUGCUAACGAGAUCCGAACCUACGAAGGGUGAGAAACCCUUACUGCUACUUAUCUUCUCUCUCUCACAGGUGCUAAUUAAAUAUUUAAGUUAGCGCCUGGUAGAUCGUACCGGUGACCAGAGCUGGUGGUUUCCUCGCUCAACGAGUAAGUAUCGCACAACAGCGAGGAAAUGCU